UAAAAGAAUAUUAGUGGCCAACUGUUAAUUGAGUAUUUACAACAAAAAAAAAAUAUCAAUGCCAACUAAUUGAGUUUCCCCAAAAUUUGAUAUGCUAAUUAUUAUUCCAUUUGUAAAACAUAAAAAAAAUCAGUUUCAGUGUUUGAAUUCCCAUUGUUUCCAACUGCAUAUUAUGGUAUUAGUUGGAUUGUAGUCACUAGAAUCCUAAUAGCAAUUUAAGGAAAGUGAAUAAAGUCCAAAAAAGUAAAUAUAUAGCCUUUUCUCUCUCAUAAAAUACAGCCAAUAACCUUAUCGUGGUCUUCUGUGCCAUAAAAAUCAUUAUAUACAUUCAAACACCAAUUUAAGGCCACAUAUACAUAUAUAUGUAUGUAUGUAUCUAUUAGCAUUCAUAUAUACACCUCUCUCUCCUUGUGUGAGUGGUGAGAUGGGUAUCCCUAUAAGGUGCAGCAUCGAACCAUCUGCAACAUUUUGACUCGUUUUCUUUUGUGUUUUUAUAACAUCUGUCUCUUCUUCACUCGAUCUCCCUCUCUUUUCUUUUUCAAUCUCCCCAACGAACCUCCCUUCAUAACUCUCUUUCUCUCCCCGGGAAAUAUGGAUAACUUCUUGCCCUUUUCCUCUUCUAACGCAAACUCUGUCCAAGAACUCUCCAUGGAUCUUAACAAGAAUCGCUCGCACUUCUCCAUGGCGCAGCCUCAGCACUUGUUGCCGCCUUACUCGUACGUUGCAUGUCCGGUACUUGAUCAGACGGGGGCCAUGAAUCAUCAGCCUCUUCACUCAUCGGAUGCUUUUCCUCAGAUCCCGGUUGUGCAAACCGGAGGUGAAUUCGGCUAUUUGGUUUGUAAGCCCGGUGUGAGGCAGGAAAGAGGUGGAUUUCUUGAUCCACACUCGACUAAGAUGGCUAGGAUCAACAGGAAGAAGGCGAUGAUAAGAUCAAGAAACAACUCUAACCUUAAUUCUAGUUCGAAUGAGUUGGUUGAUUCAAGGAGACAAGUGGCUCUUACCAUGAAAAAUAAUGCCGAGAUUGCUGCUAGAAAAGAUUUUUAUCGAUUCUCCUCAUUCGAUAACAAGAAACUUAGGGUUUUGUUGGUGAAGCACUUGAAGAACAGCGAUGUUGGGUCACUUGGGAGGAUUGUUCUACCAAAGAGAGAAGCAGAAGGAAAUCUUCCGGAGCUAUCUGAUAAAGAAGGAAUGGUAUUACAGAUGAGAGAUGUUGACUCUGUGCAGUCUUGGUCUUUCAAAUACAAGUACUGGUCCAAUAACAAGAGCAGAAUGUAUGUCCUCGAAAACACAGGAGAAUUUGUGAAGAAAAAUGGAGUAUUGAUGGGAGACUAUCUAACAAUCUACGAGGACGAAAGCAAGAAUCUCUACUUCUCCAUCAGAAAGCACCCACACAAACAAAAUGAUGGAAGAGAGGAUGAGUCAAUGGAAGUCAUCGAGAUGAACUUCUAUGAAGAUAUAAUGUUUGAUUACAUACCAAAUGGUGAAGACGAUUCCAUUGCAAUGCUCCUCGGAAAUCUAAACGAGCACUAUCCCUACCCAAAUGAUAUUAUGGAUCUCACUGUCGAUCUUGAUCAGCAUCAGCAAGCCACCUCCUCGUCGCCACCUGCUGAUCACAUGAGCUCGAACGAUUUCUUAUGGUGAUGUGAUGGAAGUUGAUAUAGAUUCCCUUUGAGAUGAUAUACAAGGGAUGAAAAGAAAAGAGUCAUAUUCAUAUCCAUAUUUGUUUGAUAAAAUGUGUUUGUUGCCAAUCUAUUAUUUAUGAAAAACUUAUUUGUGUUUGGCUCCAGAUUAAUUAAAUAUUUUUCAUUUGA